AUGGUAGCCGAGACAUGGAGACACACACCAAAGACAUGGUAUACAUUGUUGGGGAGGAUAACAUUGUCACACAAGUGGAAUUUGGAGGGUGAGAUCAAUGGAUGCUGGCCAGCUAUUCUUAAUUAUUUCCCAAGUUUGGCUCAAAUCGAGCCAGCUCGAGGCAAGAAAAGAAAAUCCGAAAGCAAUUCGCUCGAGGGAAAAUCUAUCAUUGAAACCAGUAAUAUCAUCAAGAAGCGACUAAAAACUUUGGAUGAAAUUGUGGAAGCCCAAGGUGACCUAGCAGAUACAAGAAUGGAACUACUCAGGCUUCUACAUGCUCAAGAACAAAAGGGUAUCAAACUUUUGAAGGAGUUAGGUAUGUCUAGAUUCUCUAGUCCAAACGACUUGAUAGAUUUGCUAGAGCUCUGCAAGAAGUGUUAA